AUGGCGGGUUUUGGUGCUGAAAGUGAAAUAGAUUGCUUGCAAACCAUCAAGAAAAUGGACCCGUUUAAUCACUUAUCUAGCUGGGAUUUCGAGAGCAACAUUGAGGGUGGCAUAUGUAUAUUCAGCGGUGUUGAAUGCUGGAAUCAUCUGGAAGAUAGAGUAAUCAGUCUCUGGCUUUCUAACAUGGAGCUGAAGGGCCAGUUCCCUCGUUGCAUUGAAGAUUUCACAUGGUUGCAGACUCUGGAUCUCUCACACAACGAGCUUUCUGGAUAUAUCCCAAAUGAUAUCGCAGAUAAGCUGCCAUAUCUGGUCACACUUGAUCUCUCAAAUAACUAUUUAUCUGGUGAAAUUCCAAAGGGUAUUGCCAAUUUGUCAGGCUUAUUUUCCCUUCUACUUGAUGGCAACCAGUUAACGGGCCAAAUCCCACAAGAAGUUGGGCUGCUUCCCUUUCUUAGAGAUUUUAGUGUUGCUAACAACUUGUUAGAAGGGCCAGUUCCUGUUUUUGUGAGCAAUGUUAACGUGAGUUUGAGCUAUGCCAAUAAUAGUGGACUCUGUGGGGGAGUACUAGGAAGCUGUGAUGAGAGCUUGUUUGGUAGAUCGUUUUGGUAUAGUUUGAUUAUUGGUUUUGUUUCCUCAGCAACUUCUGUUAUAGUUUCUUUCAUGUACUCAUAUGCACCUUGGACAGAAUUCAAAAAGAUGAGUAACGCUAUUCAUCCCCUAAUCAAGACUAGACAAGAAGCCGAAUUGCUACCACUGGACUUGCAAGGAAGCAAAGAGCUAACAAUAUUGUUGGAGAGAUUGAUUACUAGAAUGAGCUACAAGGAAUUAUGCAAGGCAACUGAUUACUUUUGCACUGAUAACAUGUUGGGGAUAGGAACGACAGGGAUUAUGUACAAGGCAAAGGUAUCAAAUAACUGUUUUCUGGCAGUUAAGAGACUAUAUGAUGCUGAUAAGUACAAGAGGGAAUUCUUACUUGAAAUAAUGAUUCCAGGAAGACACAGGCACAGAAACAUAGCUCCCGUGCAUGGAUUCUGCAUAGAGAAACAGGAAAGGGUUUUGGUGUAUGAGUACAUUUCUAAUGGAAGACUCAGUGAUUCGUUACAAUCUGAUGAGGGACAUCAAUCAAUAAAAAUAGAAUGGCCAGAGAGGAUUCACAUCGCACUUGGGCUUGCCAGAGGUUUAUCUUGGCUUCAUAAAAGGUGCAAGAUAGUCCACCUCAAUUUAGAUUCGGAGUGUGUCUUGUUGGACAAGAAUUUUGAGCCAAAAAUUUCCAAUUUUGGCAAGGCAAAAUUCAUAAACCAGACGGUUGAAGAUCAUGUGAGGUUAAAAUUGUUUUUGAUAGAUGUACUUGGAGGGAAGGAUUCUGUUGAGAGGGAUGUCUAUGACUUUGGAAUAAUCCUUUUUGAACUAUUAACAGGGAAAAGACUAAGUCCAACUACUGAUUCUUCUGACAGUAUUAAUGGCCAUUUGAUGAACUAUAUCAGUAAAAACUUGUUCACGGAUCCUGUUGAUUUUUAUGAUGCCAUUGAUGAUUCUAUCAUUGGGAAGGGUUUUGAUGAUAAAAUCCUUCGUCUUCUUGAAGUUGCAUGUGACUGUGUUAAGAGAUCUUUGAAGCAAAGGCCAAAGAUGGUUGAUGUGCACAAAACUAUAAGCGCCAUGUGGGAGGGCUACAAACCCUGGUUUGAUUCUGAAAGGCUCAAACUGUCUACGGGUUGCGCUGACCAUAGAACAUGUAUCACCGACAUUGAAUGUAUUGAAUAG